GCUGCUGCCUCGCUCUCUGUAUCUCUGUGUUUAUUGAGUCAUUGCUGGAGAUGCGGUUGUCCAUGUGUUGAGCUAAAGAAUGUUACAAAAGGGAAGGAAAAUGUCAUUUUGCGACCUUAAGAAGAGAACAUGGCCAGAGUAACAGCUGACAGCAGCCGAAGGUGGCCUGACAUGAAGCUAUAAGUGGAUGGACCUGAUUAUUUGCUCUGAUUUGUUUCGGAGUGAGUUUGGAAAUCUGACGACAGAAAAUAAGGAAGAUGAGGGACAGAUUUGGCAGAAGAUGGAAAAUUUGCGGAAAAUGGUAAAGACUACCUGACGGACUAAAAUACAAAUAAGUGACUCUGUGUUUUUUUCCAGCUGACAGCUUAUGACGCAAAUAAUGGUUCUGACUGAUGACAAUCCAAAAAUGGCACCAGCAGUGCAUUAAAUUAAGCAUAACACAGCAACGGGCUGGUGUUACUCAGUGUGGAACAGAAAAGAAAUCUGAUCAUGAGAACCAGAUUCUUACCUAAAGUAACCGUGUCCAUUCUGGUAUCUGCUAAGCAUGCUGAGAAAGAAGAAUUGAGAUGCUGACCUAUUGACCACCAGACUCUACUGGAAACCAGUUAAAGUGACAGAUGCUUGUUUCUGACCAUGCUGGGAUGCUACAGUUAAGUAUGCUGGGACAUUGGCACAUCUGUCUGUCAGAGCAGUGAGGAUGAAGAGACGAGGCCAGACCAGAGGCCAGAGGUUUGUUAAGGCAGACUACUACGAGCUGGACUGGUACUAUGAAGAGUGCACUGAUGUGUUGUGUGCUGACAGAGUGGGCCAGAUGACGAAGACCUACAGUGACAUUGACGCUGUCACUCGACUGCUGGAAGAGAAAGAGCGUGACUUGGAGUUAGCGGCUCGCAUCGGACAGUCACUGCUGAAGAAAAACAAAGCCCUCAGUGAGAGGAAUGAACUGCUGGAGGAGCAAGUGGAGCACAUACGAGAGGAGGUGUCUCAGCUGCGCCAUGACCUGUCCAUGAAAGAUGAGCUGUUACAGUUCUACACCAAUGCAGCUGAAGAAAGCGAAGGCGAGUCCUUUACCUCUACACCUGUCCGUCCCAGUGAACAAAGUGUGUCAUCGCCAAACUUUUUCCCCCUGGAGUCGUUGCAGAAGAAACUCAAGGAUUUGGAGGAAGAAAACAAAUCAUUGCGAUCUGAGGCGAGUCAUUUGGAGACAGAAACGAUCUCCUAUGAGGAAAAAGAGCAGCAACUUGUCAAUGACUGUGUCAAAGAACUACGCGAUGCCAACCUGCAGAUUUCCUCUCUGGCUGAAGAGCUGGCUAGGAAGACUGAGGACGCCUCCAGACAGCAGGAGGAGAUCACACAUCUCCUCUCCCAGAUAGUCGACCUCCAGAAGAAGGCCAAGCUUUAUGCUUUGGAAAAUGAGGAGCUGACUCAGCACUUGGGUGCAGCCAAAGACGCCCAGCGACAACUCACUGCUGAGUUGCAGGAGCUGCAAGACAAGUAUGCAGAGUGUAUGGAGAUGCUCCAUGAAGCUCAGGAGGAACUGAAGAACCUGAGAAAUAAAACUCUCCCGCUCAGCACGGCGAGGCGUUUCCAUUCCCUGGGCCUGUUCCCGAUGGACUCACUGGCAGCAGAAAUAGAGGGCACCAUGAGGAAGGAACUCCAAAUGGAUGAUCCAGACGUAGAAGAGCAGAGACUGCAUCCGAAGCGAGUUUUCCAAACGGUGAAAAACCUCAAUCUGAUGCGUCAGCAGCGUUCUUCUCUAGCCCCUUCUCCUCUCAACAUCCCAGGCUCCAAUCAGACUUCAUGCUUCACCUCAGGGCGUUCCAGCAGGGUGGGCACGCCACGCUCCAACUCCAUUUAUGGUAGUGAAACAGGAAGUGGGAUCAUCCUAGACAACAGGACUAGCAGUAUCCUGGAGACACCUGAUGACGGGUCAGAGGACUCCAACAAGCGCCCCCCUGGUACCCCUGGGACUCCGGGCAGCAGGGACUUGGAGGCAGCAUUGCGUCGCCUGUCGCUCCGCCGGGACAACUACCUCUCAGAAAAACGAUUCUUCGAGGAGGAGAGGGAGCGAAAGCUGGCUUACCUGGCCAAAGAGGAGGAAAAAGGAGGCCCAGGAACCCCAACGGAAAGCUUGUUCUCACUUUCCUCGCAUACCUCAGUUGGAAGCAUCUGGUCGGGGUACUCAUUCACACCCAGGUCCUACCUGCCGGAGAAGCUGCAGAUUGUAAAGCCGCUAGAAGGCUCUGCUACGCUCCACGCUUGGCAGCAGCUGGCUCAGCCUCACAUGGGCGCUCUGCUGGAUCACCGGCCCGGUGUGGUCACGAAGGGCUUCCGCACUUUAGCGCACGAACAGGAACAGGAACAGGAACAGGAGGACAGCUGGCAGCUGGACCAACCAGAGGAGGAUGAAGUAUCAUGUGACUCAUUUAGAGGCGUGCUAGGGGAGAGCCCUGCUCCCACGGAUCUGCCUCGCUCUACCUCUACUCCCGCAGUCUGCCGCAACAAAAAUGGCAACACUGAAGAAAUCAGCCAGUCAGACGCACUGAAUGGAACGAUCUGCGGGGCGGCAGAAGGAGUUCAAGGAAAUGAUGGACAUGUUGCAAGCAUGCCCUUUCCUCUCUCCAAUACGUCCCCUUCCUUUCCGCUGCCUUCUUCUCCCGAGAUCAACGGGCACAUGGACCCCAAAGAGCGCCAAACCUUACAGCCAAACACUGUGGACCGCAUGCCUGUUCUUUUCCCAGGGAAGUGUAUGUCCCACACUAGCUCCACAUACACCUUCACCACCUGCAGGAUUCUCCACCCCUCUGAUCAGCUGACCACUGCAUCCCCCAGCCCAGCCAUGGCUGCGUGUCAGAGCAGUACCUGCCCAGGCACGCCUUCCCUUACUGCCUCCCCUGUACCCUUCUCAGCCCCACCCACGCCUUCCUACACACCCUGCUGCACACCUCGCCGCCUUUCCCUCUCCCUCUCCCUCGCCGAGUCCUCCACCAACCUUAGGGACUCCACUAAAACCACCAGCACCUCUCUAGGCCUGGUGCGCCUCCUGCUGGAGAAUGGAAUUUCUGCCUCAGUGUACAACCCACGCAGCUGGGACCGAGGGCUGGAUGCUUCGGCAGUGUUGGGAGGGGUUCAAGCACAGAGGUGCACAGAGAGACUGGAGCAGGGUGGAGUCAAGCAGCUGGGAAAACGUCCAGACACCCUCCUCCUCCUUCAGCCAUCCAGCCCACCCAGCUCACCUCACUCCAAAUCGGCUUCCUCGAUAGCUACGGGCCCCAUGUUUCAGUUCAGCCCUUCCGAUGACGACCCGCCGUACUACGAUACCUUCCUCGCUUCUAAGCCGGCUCGUACAAUUUUGAGGGAAGUGCUCGGGGAGGCAGAAAGGGAGAAGGAGGGCCAGGUGGACGAUGACAACCAAACAGAGAUGAUGAAUCUGCGGCUUGUGGACAAACUGAAGAGUUUUCGCACCCUUUCCCCACAUUCUGCUUCAGCUUCAUCUGGAAGUACUCUGUUAGGCCCCUUUGGUUCUGCUGGACUGGGGAACAGCGCACUGGGUGGGGGGCUUCCAGGACUGAGGAGGAAUCGAAGCUAUCCCGCCAUGGUGGGGGCCAGCAUGGUGAUGAAAGACCCAGGAGGCGCCCCCAGCACAGAGAUACUCAUACCGCAUACGAUGCAAACCUCACAUACACAACAACUCACAGCGCACACACAGGAAACGGGCAAAGUGCAAACAAAAAAGAAGACACUGGUCACAAAGGGCGUGCACGUACCACAGACUCUAAAUGCACUGGAAAUGGUCACACCGCAGACGAUAAUACAGAGACACACCAGGCCAAACGGCGAGGUGGGGGAUUCGACCAGACACGAUGAAGAAACCGGGACAUAAUGGAAGCAUUAAGGGUAUUACAUCAUAUUACAACACACAGUCUCGCAUAUUUUACAGAGCAGUACAGUACUUAUGACACGACCACACGUGCACACCCACACACACUCAUUUCCAAAACAAAGCAGCAUAAGCAACUACACUGCAGUCAUCUCUCCCGGAAGAAAAAGGUUAAAAAACAGAUGAGUGACAGAGUCCAACUCCAAUUAUUCAUCGUUCUAAACAGUCAUGAUAAGUGAGAUGGGAUGGAAAUAUUGGCUAAGAACUGUUACACUGUGUUAUACUCAUAUUCUGUCAGGCCAGACUAAUGAUGUUGCCUUCUUGUCUGUUGUAACUGUCCAGUAUAUUGGACAUACAGUAUACUGUGUCAUAUAGUAUAAUAUUAAAGGCCCAAUCUGGUGCACGUGUCCUCCACGUUACCUGUUUUUGCAGAAAAAUGUAACAAAUUCUUCUUUUUUUCUUGAUUUAUGCAGAAACUGGGGUUCUACACUGUACUGUUGGACUACACAGUCGGUGCAUUCACACCACCAGAUGUAAUCUUUACUUUUAAGAUUACACAUGGCCAUACACCAGAUGUAAUGUGUAUGUCCUAUGUAAACCUGCUGAUACUACAAACAAGAUACUCCUCCAGUUUUUGGCUUUGCUUUCUAACUUUUAACUCAAUGUGCAGCCAAGGAGUGUUUGUCGUGUCCAGUCCAGUGUUGCCAAAGACCGUCAGCCAAAGCUAAACUAGAAGAUCUUCAGUUUAGGAACUGUGAUUUCUGCAGUGACGACUCAUUAAAUGUGAUCUGCUCUAUAUUUAAGUCGCAGUUAGAGACAAACGCAAUCUGACUAAACUAACAUACAAACAGUGGUCCUAUUAAUGUCUUUAUUAAAACCUUUCAGAUCGUGCUUGUCUCUAAUUGUGACAGAUGUAGUUCAGACUGCAUUUUAUGAAUGCUACCCCUGCAUUAUGUGUGUGUUGCAAUGCAGUGGAGUUAGCCGAAAGCUAUGCUACGUAGCAGUGGCCAUGGCUCUAGAGAUCGAGAUUAUUUUCUGCCAGCAACCCCUCCCCUCUUUGUAAUUUAUACUUUCAGAGAGAAUCCAGAUUGGGGCUUUAUGUCCUCUUGCUGUGACUGAAUUUUCUUAUGUGCCUAAAAACAAACAUACUGUAUGUCUGUGGAAUAUGGAUCUGCGUUUGUUUUAGUUGAUUACUUCAUAUUUUAUGUUGCCUUUAUUAUUAUUAUUGUAUGCAGUAGAGAGGGUACAUAAAUGUACCUUUGCCAAUUUAAGGUGUUUGUGGCUCUCUGUUUUUGUCAUUUAAAAAAAUUUGGGGGCAUUUGGUGCACACGUGAAGGGGGAUACAGACCAGGUCUAGAUACACAGACAUCUGCUAAAGCACUGUGACUACAGACCUGCAGAGAACACGAGUACUCCCCCCCUAAUUUUGGCUCACCUCUGUUUUUGUAUUUGUCGAGUCAGCUGGAGAACGACAAUGAAUGUUGGGUGAUUUGAUUCAGAUUUCGAUGCAUGAAGUGGUCGAUGACAUUUUAAGUCCUGCAAAAUCCAGAUGGAAGCUGCCACAUUGCAAAAACCUCUGCAACAUGCUAACUGCUGAGCUUUCACUGUAAACCAAAGUUAUAUGCCGGUGAAUACUGGGAGGGACCAUUGUCGUGCAGGCUUGAAGUUAGUUUCCUUCAUUUAUUUCUUUUUGCUCAUAUUGCAUGUGUCACUUGUAGCAGAAUAAUUUGCAUACAUACUGACACCUUUGUUAUUUAUUCUGUCAAGCAUGCGCGGGAGUAAAAAAGGAUUAAAGCAAUAUUAAACAAGACUUGAUUUCUGAAUGUAACUGUAAAAAAAAAAAGAUUUUUAAAAAAUGGAGCGACUUGAAAUAUUCACGCUGGUUUUAACAGCCUGUUGUUUCGUCUGCAACAGUUUUCUGCUGAUGGUUUGGUGUCACUGAAGCGGGUCCAGUUGCUGCCGUUUGAACUCACACUUUGAUGCUCGCUUAUGAAGCGGGGAACAUUUUUAAGCACAUCAGCACUCAUAUUUUCACCCAUCCGAUUUGUCAAACAGACUUUCUUUUGUUCAUUGCCACUCUGACAUUUUGUUGUGCACAUUGUUUCCAUUAGAGUUCGAGUUUGGGCAUUGCACCUGGACCAGUGAGUGUGUAGUGGGAUGAAUGGAUGCUGACCUGCUGUGGUUCUUGAUGAUUAAAUGACUAAACAAGCAAAGGUUUUUUUGGUGGGGGGGAACAGAUACUUAGCAAUCAUUGAAGUACGUGGAUUGUAAAAAGUAAGCACAUCUGUAAUGACAGCAGUUUAAAUGAAGGAAUUUUGAGGAUUUUAUUUAUUUUGAAAUCUCACAAAAGCAUUUGGAAUCCUUUCAUUCAUUAUAUUAAUAAGUUAAAUGCUAAACCUUUUAGUUUUUUUUGGCACUUAUAGUAAAAUCUUAAAAACAUUUCCAUUUCUAACAGUGGGUAAAAACCCCACAGUACACUGAUACUGCUCAAUGCUUCAUGGCAGAGCAAGGUGUUUGCCAAAAUCAGACCAUUUUCAGUAUUUAAAAAAACAAAUGAUAAGACUGAAGAAACAAGGAGAUAGUGUAUGUGUGUUUGUGUGUGUAUGCUUUGCUUUUGUGUGUGUGUGUGUGUGUGUGUGUGUGUGUGUGUGUGUGUGUGUGUGUCAAUUCAUCUGAAUGUAAUUUAUGACAAACGGUAAUCUGCUGUAGGGCCAUAUAUUUGUGUACAGUAUGUUGAUUUAAGUUCCGUUUGUGUUAACCUCAUGAAAGGGAACUAUUAUUGCAUUGUAAAUGUAUGCAACACAGAUAGUCAUGCUAACUUGAAAAAAACGAAGAGGCAUUUGAGUUGUUUAUUUUUGGUUAAAGAGAGGAAAACUGAUGAGUUCUAUUCUACAGAACUGCCUGUACUGUCAAAUAAAUUAAUAAAUAAA